GUUGAGGUUCAUGUGCUCAUAAUGAAUAGAAUUACCCGAAAUCUCCAAGCCUUAAAGGUACCCAGAGCCAUCCAAUAUCGCUCUGCUUCUGAUUCUUCGCGACCAUUCCCACCUUCUCACCCUACACGCCCAACAUUACCCGAAAAUUCGUCUCAAACCACAGCAUCCGUCUCUCAAGGCACUGAUGUUAAACAGGAUGAUAGCACUGUGUUCGCACCAGCCUUGGAGGAACUGGCCAAGACGUCCAAACCGUUUAACUUGGCCUCAGACAAGCUAGAGCCACCACGCUACGAUGACUACUUCAAUCGACAUCACUUUGAUACAUUUAAACUACUUCGGGCCUUGGAGCAACAAGGUUUCACUCGUACUCAGGCCGAAGUGAUCAUGAAAGGCAUAAAAUUCAAGUUGCGCCAUAGCACGGCGAGCUUACGACAGAGGAUGCUUACCAAAUCGGAUUUAGAGAACGAAUCGUACCUUUUCAAAGCUGCUUUGUCUGAACUGCGAACCGAGAUUCAAGUUAUGCGACGCAAUGAUACACAAACAUUGCAAUCUGAAGCCGCUCAAAUUACGCGGGAAGUAGAUGCCUUAGCUCAACGGCUCAGAGAGGACAUUGGCAACAUGAAGUCCGAAAUAUCGUUGGAUAUGAACAAUCGAAAGAAUGAAGUCCGGGAGGACCAAAAGAUGAUUGACAUGCGGAUACAGGAGAUAAAUAACAAAUUUACUAUAUCCUUGGGAGAUGUUCGGACAGAUUUGGAAGCAGUAAGAUGGGAGACCAUUUGGAAAGGCAUGGCUGGUGUUGUCGUGGCUGGCAUUGCUAUCGCAAGUCUUGGUUACCUGCUACUGAAACACACUGAUAAGAAUGCCCGCCAAGUAGAACUAGAAAACCAAAAGAUAAUCAAGCAGUUGCAAGAAGAGGCCAAAUUCGCACGAACAGCUGAAGAAGAAGUCAUCUUUUCAAAUUAACGUUCAUAACCAUGUAUCUCAUUUAUACCCGUAUAACUCUCCCACAACUGGAUUAGACGACCAACCUGUAAUAACUUCUUUAUAGAAAUCAAUAAAAAAAAAGCCUUUGUUAGAUCAUGUACA